AUGGCCCAGAGCGUGGUUUAUGCUGACCUGAGGUUCACCAAGGUGAUGGAGGUCCGGAGCAUGGCCAGCCAGGCGCUGGAGGCAGCCCUCGGCAUGGAUGAGGCGGAGAGCCCCUACGAGAACACGCAGCCAGCACCGGCAGGGCAGGAUGGGGACGGGGACGGGGCCCAGGCUAGCCCAGGAUGCUGGUCUUGGCAGUGGGGCCUCCGUAUGGGGCUGCUGGCAACCUGCCUGCUGCUGCUGGUGGCCACUGUGGGCCUGGGGGCUUGCUGUGACCUCAAUGCCGAGCUGAGGCGCGUCACGGGGGUCCUGGGGAAGAUGGAGAAGGAGAUGCAGGAGGUGCAGGGGAAGCUCAACACCAGCGAGAGCACUGUGGCCAUCCUGCGCUCCUGCACGGCUAUAGAUUGCUGCCCUUCGGGCUGGCUGCUGUACAGGGGCAAGUGCCUCUUUAUCUCGUCGGAGAAGAAGACCUGGGAGGACAGCAGAGAUGAGUGUGAGAAGAAGUAUUCUCAGCUCCUGGUCACCAAAUCCUGGAGUCGCUGGACUGUGCCGACCUUCCUGAAGAAUGCGGACAUCCCCUACUGGAUUGGGCUGCAGAAGAGCAGCUUCCCCUGGUACGACUAUGGCUGGCUGGAGGAAGGGGACCCGGAUGGUGAAGGAGUCUCGGAUGCCUGGUUCUGGGUGGACGGCUCCCUUUAUGAAAGGCCGUGGCAGUCGAAGUCGAAUGGGUCCUGUGCCAUAAUAAGCCGCGGGAACAUCAAACCUGCCCAGUGCGCCGGUCCUGAUGACCUGCACUUCUGGAUCUGCGAGAAGGUGGCGGGGCCGAGCUCCCCUUUCAUACCAUGA